ACCUCUCCCUUAAAUUUAGCCUCCUCUCCGAUCGACUCCGACCGACCUCGCUCAACUCGACCCAGCUAGAUUGCCGUUGCUUCCUCCUUAAUCUGUCUCACCGACUCGCCUUCGGCGUCUUGAUCUUUCCUUGCCGGCCCGAGAUGUCGGCGAUCGUCGCGCACGAAGAUGAUGACGACGACUGGCCGGCGCCUCCGCCGCCGGCCCCGCUCCACCUGCUGGAGGUCACCGUCAUCUCCGCGCAGGACCUGCACCGCAAGAAGCUCGGCCGCCGCGUGCGCGCGUACGCCGUGGCGUGGACCGACGGCGCGGCGCGCAAGCUGCGCACGGACGUGGACCUCGCCGGCGGCGCCGACCCGACGUGGAACGACCGGUUCCUCUUCCGCGUCGACGCCGAGUUCCUGCGCUCCGAGACGGCCGCCGUCGCCGUGGAGGUGCGCGCGGUCGGCGGGCUCGGCCGCGACGCCGUCCUCGGGCGCACCCGGAUCGUCGUUAGCACCUUCGUGCGCCCGUCCCGGUCCGCCGUGGCCCCCUCGGGCAGGCAGGUGGCGGCGCUGCAGCUGCGGCGCCCGCGUUCGCUGCGGCCGCAGGGCAUGGUGAACGUGGCGGUGGCGCUGCUGGGCGCCGCCCAGGCGCAAGCCUACUGCGCGCCGGGCUCCACGGACGCGUUCGCCGUGAAGGACCUCGUGGCGAUGAGGCCGGCGCCGGCGCUCUGCGCGAUCCCGGAGGAUCUGGACUACGGGCUCCGCCGGCAGAGGCCGGUGGUGGAGUACUCCGGACCGCUGGACCCGAGGCGCGCUGCCGUGGAGCAGAGCAAGCUGGCCAUGAAGCUCGAGAAGUGGAGGGCGGACCUGUCGCCGGACCGUGUGGACAAGGACGGCAACGGAGUGAAGCGGAGGUGGCGGCGCCGGACCUCAUGCUUCGGCGGCGCGGAGUGGGAAAGGUAACUCGUGAUCAAUCGGGCCGGAUCAGACGGCCGCAUAUGGCUGCAUGGUUGCGCGUCAUAACCACAGAGAUUGCUUGCCAAAUUAGUUUGUUUCUUCCAUAGUGGACUCGUUUUGAAACCGUUUAAUUUGUUUUACUACUCCGUAUUAUUUAUUUAUUCGUGUCAAUAAGCUUCUGUAGCACGAAGGAGCCAGGAGAGGAAAUUCUUUAACAGUCAUUUUAGAA